CACAGCUCUGCAGAACUCCUUCUGAAGGCCAUCCCCAGCUCCAGCCUUGCAGAGCCGCAGCCACAGCGAGCUUCCCCUCUCCAAGCCUCCCAGUGAGCAGCUCUCUGGCUGCAGCUUGCACAGGCUCACACAAGGACUGCUGUGGAGUCACUGCAGAGGGGAACAGACCAGCAGGAUCAAUAGCAAAUGCACACAGCAAGAAGCACACACGCACACUGGACUUCUCCCAGCCAGGAGACCCUCUGGUCCCAAUGAGAACACCGCUGCUGCUGCUGCUUGUCCUGUGGGUGCCGCAGCUCCUGGAAGCCCUGGCAGAGGGCGAGGGAUGUAACCGGACAGCGGGGCUGGAGGCACAGGGUGCACCUGGUCAUCGAGGGACACUUCUCAACCUCAGCGUGAGUGACCAUGGCUGGUCAGACUCCCUCCUGCUGUCCUGGGAUGAGCUGGAGGGGGGUACUGAGGGAUAUUCGCUUGUCCUAUCCUACCUGGAGUCAAGCACGCCACUGCAGAAUGGAUCUGUUGGACCAAAUAUCACCAGCUUCUGGUUCCACGGGCUGACCCCUGGCACGCGCUAUGAGAUUGAGGUGACAGCCACGCUUGCCUGCGUGGAGACCAUCAGCGAGACAGUCACAGCACAGACAAGUCCUUCACCUGUCCGCAACAUGACCCUGAGCAGCAAUGGGAGCUCUGAUGUGCUGCGUGCCUCCUGGGUGCACGCCCAUGGUCAACGAGAUGGCUACUACCUCACCCUCUACCACAGCGACUCUCAGACGCUGGUGAGAAAUGUGUCCAUUCCACCAAACAUCUCCAAGUUCCUGUUUGACGGGUUGCUGGCUGGCAGUGAGUACGCCUUGAAGGUCAGCACACUGGCUGGAUCCAGGCAGGCGAGCACCAGUACCCACCAGUGGACAGCUCCCUCCAUCCCCACCCAGCUAAGGCUCAGCCCAGGAUCCAGCACCAGCCUUGUUGCCUCCUGGGAGGAUGCUACUGGGGCUGCGUGGCUGCAUCUUGCACUCCACAACCUCCUCACCCAGACGGUGACCACGACCCUGUCGGCCAGGAGGGGCCUCACCAGCUACACCUUCCAGCAUCUCCACCCUGGCACCCAGUACUGGCUGGGGCUGAGUGCCAUGGCUGGGCCCUACACAAGAGUGGGGCCCAAUGCCACCGCCUGGACAUACCCCCUGAGCCCUGGCAAUGUGACUCUGAUUAGUGCAGAGGAGCAGAGCUCCUUGCAGGCUCAUUGGAGGACCCCAGCGGGAGAGCGGGACUUCUACCUGGUGACGCUGCAGGAUGGAGCAGCCAGUGAUCCCGUGAGGAACAUCUCUGUUGGUGGAGACAACAGUCACGUCACCUUUCACGGGCUGAGCCCCGGGAAGCAAUACUCUGUCCAGGUGACAGCGGUGGCUGGGCCUUACCGAGCAUCGGCCCGCAGCGCAGCAGCCUGGACACAGCCAGUGUCACCGUCCGGUGUGAAUCUGGCCAGCCAGGGGAGCCCCUACAGCCUGCGUGCCAGCUGGGAGGAGGCACUGGGGGAAGGCUACUUGUUGGGUCUCAGCCCUGUGGAGCACCCUGUGAAGAACAGCUCAGUGCUCAGAGGUGUCACCAACUUCAUCUAUGAGGGCCUCCAACCUGGAACUCUUUACACCUUUGAAGUCAGCACCAUAGCUGGCCCCUACACAUCCACACCCCAGCGCAUCAACAACUGGACAUAUCCUUUGGCCCCAGAGCAGCUGACUCUCAGCAACCAGGGCCACAGCACCUCUCUGCAAGCCUCCUGGAGAGCAACUCCCACUGGCAGCACCGGCUACACAGGCACCCUCUGGGAAACCAAGUUCCAGGAGCAGGUCAGGAACAUCACUGUGGGGAACGAGUGGACAAAUGUCACCUUUGAGGACCUGGUCCCUGGGCGACAGUAUACACUGGAGUUGUCUGCUAUGGCUGGACCUUACCGAUCUGCUGUGCGAUCAGCCACAGACUGGACAUAUCCCCUGGCUCCGGCUGGCGUGACCCUGACCAACACCCGACGCCCUUUGGGACUCUCUGCCUUCUGGGACAAGGCUGCUGGUGAUGUGGACCAGUUCCAUCUCCACCUCUACAGCAAGAGUCAUCCAGCACAGAGGAACAUCACAGUGGGGCCAAACACCCACAACUUCACAUUCUUGGGACUGUCCCCUGGCAUUCAGUACUUCCUGAGGGUGACCGUACUCGCUGGCCCGUACAGAUCUUCAUCACAUUUUGCCACUGAGUGGACAUAUCCACUGUCUCUGGCUAAUGUGAGUGUUCAGCCUGGUCGGAGACCCCAGGAGCUACGUGUGAGCUGGGUGGAGUCAGGUGGUGGCAGAGACCAUUUGGUACAGCUCUCAGUUGCUGAGUCCCUGUCCAUCAUCAGGAAUGUGUCUGUUCCCCGUGGAGUCACCCAGCUUGACCUGGAGGGGCUGGUGCCAGGGUCCCGAUACCGUGCGGAGAUCAUUUCUCAGGCUGGGCCUCAUCGCAUCUCCUCUCAGACUGCCAUCGGUUACACUGUCCCGCUACCUCCUCUUGCGCUGUCAGCACGCCCUGUCAGCACCGCCUGGGCUCUGGCUGUGCACUGGGAGACCCCUCCAGGUCAGAGGGAUGGAUACAGGCUCAGCGUGCUUGAGGAGGGCUCUUCUGCACCACCAAGGAACCUAGAAGCUGGGAAAGACAGCACCAAUGUCACCGUGGCAUGGCUGGAACCAGGAACUUGCUACCUUGUUGGGGUCUGGGCAGUAGCUGGACCCUACCACUCCCUCCGCAGGAACAUCACUGGCUGCACAGUUCCCGCUGCACCGACAAACCUAAGCCUAACCAAUACAGGCAGCUCCUCAGAGCUUUACGCGUGCUGGAACACCCCGCCUGGCAGGAGGGACCACUACCGCAUUACUCUGUAUAAGAUCAGCACCGAGAACAGGGAGCAGGUCCAGGUCUUGAGUCCAGAUGCACAGAAUAUCACCUGGACUGACUUGGAGGCAGGAAGCAGGUUUGCUGUGCAGGUCACUGCUGUGAAAGGCUUGUUCGAAGCCUCUUCCACCAACGUCACUCAAUGGACAUACCCCUUGGCCCCUGCCAACCUCACCCUGGGCAGCCCCUCUGCCUCCAUUCUGCAGGCCUCCUGGGCAGCAACAAGGCGCGGAGCAGAAGGCUACGUGGUGGAAGUCUAUGACACAGCCUCCAGCAGCCGUGUUGAGCGCGUGGUGUUGGGUGGGGACGCCAGGACUCACUUCUUCAGGAACCUGAGCCCCGGCACCCACUACAGCCUGGCAGUGAGGGCCACAGCUGGGCCUUUCCACACCAGCACCUCCAACCUCACUCACUGCACCCGCCCCUUGCCCCCAGACAACGUGCGCUUGCUGAGCACAGGGCACUCAGACAGGCUGAGCGCAUCCUGGGAAGCUGCAGCUGGAAGGCGAGACGGCUACAGACUGACCCUAUACCACGCGGGGCUGGGCACCGAGGCAGCUACGACCUUGCUUGGGAGAGACACCCACAACUUCACCUUCACAGGCCUGACCCCGGGAUAUGAAUACUCCCUGGAAGCCAGUGCCAUUGCUGGACCAUACCAGGCAGCGGCACCCAACAUCAGUGGCUGGACACGCUCGCUGCCCCCAGACAACGUGCACUUGCUGAGCACAGGGCACCCCGACAGGCUGAGAGCGUCCUGGGGAGCCUCAGCUGGGGGGCGAGAGGGAUACGCACUGACUUUGUACCAUGCACGGCUGGGCACCGUGGCAGCUACAACCUCGCUUGGGAGAGAGACCCACAACUUUACCUUCGUGGGCCUGACCCCAGGAAGCAAGUAUGUGCUGGAGGUGGUGUCCGUGGCGGGGUCCUACCGAACACCUGCAGGAAAUGUCAGCAACUGGACAUACCCUCUGGCUGCUCGUAACGUGUACAUGACGAACCAGGGGUAUCCCAACAGGCUGAGUGCAUCCUGGCGAGGUGAACCCCAAGGGCAAGACAGUUACAGGCUCCUCCUGUAUCACUCGGGAUCAGGUAUUGUGGCAGCCAACAUAUCUGUUGGGAAAGGCAUCAGCAAAUUCACCUUUUCUGGCCUGGCUCCAGGACAGAAAUACCUGCUGGAAGUGGUGUCUGUGGCAGGACCCUACACAGCCUCUGCGGGGAACAUCAGUGACUGGACAACCCCCUCAGUUCCCAAAAAUCUUUCUGUGGUGGCUGGAGGGAACAACACAAAGCUUAUCUCCUGGAGCAGUGUUUCUGGACAGCAGGAUGACUGCCAGCUGUGGCUGCGUGAUCCCAGGAACAGCACACUAUCCUGGCGGCACACUCUCCUCAGAGGGCAAGGCCAGCACCUCCUCCACGGGCUGAUCCCAGGGAGAAACUACUCUGUCUCCUUGAGCUGUGUGGCCGGGCCCUACUGGAGCAGCACCAAACCCUUGGCAGUGCCAAUGGAGCCAAACCCAGUGGAGGACGUGCAAUGCUUGCCAGAGUCAAGGAGCCUUUACUUGAACUGGACCAGAUCUCCUGGAGAUGUGCAGGCUUAUGAGGUGGCGACAGAGAAAUUCUUUGAUGGACCUCCCACCUCCAAGUACAUCAUGAACAUCCCUACGAAUGAGGCCAGACUUGAGGGGCUUGGGCCAAACUCGUCAUACCAAAUUGUUGUGACCACAGUGGGCUUGAACACAAUGAGGAGCCAGGCUGUGACUCUGCUCUGCAACACAACACCGGAGGCUCUGCCUCCGCCUCUGCGUGCAGACUUGUUCCAGGUGGAGGCCAGCUCCACAGUUGUCAUUUCAUCUGACCUGUUCAGUGAGGAGAAUGGCCAGAUCGAGUAUUACGGUGUCAUUGCUACCACUAAUGAUUCACUGCUGAGGCCCACCCAGGAAGUCACGUCCAGCACAUGGUACGACCACUAUUAUGGGACAGAGGACUCCUACCUGGCUGUGCUAAUCCCCAAUCCCUUCCAUCCGAGUCCCAGGAGCUCCCCUGAAACCUGGCGAGUGCCAGUGGGCACAGAGGAGUGCGGCCAGUCCAGGGCAACAUGCAAUGGGAAGCUGAAAGUCAACGAACAGUACAGGUUCAGCAUCGCUGCCUUCACCAAAUACGACCCGGUAGCCCCUGCAGUGGCGUUCACCAUGUUCUCAGCAGCUGGAUCCAGUGCAGACACAACUCCUCUCUCAAUGCCAAUAAUUGCUGGAAUCAUCGUGGGAUUUCUCUUGACACUCGCAGCUAUUUUUACUUUGGUUUAUUGGAAACAGCUCAGAGCAAAGAGAGCCAAGAAGAGCAGCUUGCCCCAGGAAAUGGUGACCUACAGCUUGAGAAAUGUCCAUCGGCCAAUUCCCAUACAGAGCUUCAAGCAGUACUAUGAGAUGAAGACAGCAAGUGCUAACCAUGCCUUUUUCCAGGAAUUUGAGGAGCUGAAGGAAGUUGGGAAGGAGCAGCCAAAGGUGGAGGCUGAGCUACCAGCGAAUGUCUCCAAGAACAGAUAUCCCCACGUGCUGCCCUAUGACCACUCUCGGGUCAAGCUGAGCAAGCUGGGUGAGGAUCUGCAUUCAGACUACAUCAAUGCCAACUUCAUGCCUGGCUACACGUCCCAUCAGGAGUUCAUCGCCACCCAGGGACCCCUGAAGAAAACGAUAGAGGACUUCUGGAGGCUGGUGUGGGAGCAGAACGUCUGCAACAUCAUCAUGCUGACAGUGUGCAUGGAGAAUGGACGGGUCCUCUGUGAUCAUUACUGGCCAUCCGAAUCUGCCCCAGUCUCUUAUGGGCAGAUCCAAGUCCACCUGCUGAUGCAGAGCAGCUCUGAGGAGUGGACCAUGCGCAAAUUCAAACUGUGGCACGAGGGUCUCCAGGCAGAGCGACACGUGUCCCACCUGCACUACACAGCAUGGCCUGACCACGGCAUCCCAGAGUCCACCACAUCCAUCAUGACGUUCAGAGAGCUGGCACGGGAGCACAUCCAGAGCACCAAGGACACGGGGCCAACCCUUGUGCACUGCAGUGCUGGCGUGGGCCGAACUGGCACCUUCAUUGCCCUGGACCGGCUCCUGCAGCAGAUGAAGCAGGAGAACGUGGUGGACAUCUUUGGUGUUGUUUACACCUUGCGGAUGAACCGGUACCAGAUGAUUCAGACACUGUCCCAGUAUAUCUUCCUGCACAGCUGCAUCCUGGACAAGAUCCUGGACGAACCACUUUGGGGUUUAUCAGGGACAGAGAGGUCCUGCCCCAUCCCGCUGAAAAGCUUUGCUCAGCACUAUGCCCAGAAAUUGGCCAAGUCCCACUUGGGCUUCCUGAGGGAGUAUGAGACCCUCCUAGAGGCUGUCAAGGAAGAAGCCAGCUCUGCAACACCAUCUCCUGGCAACCAGCAGACACAGCCCUCUUCGAGUAUCCUCCCAUAUGAUCGCUCAAGAGUGAAGUUUUCCCUGCUGGAACAGGGCCCUUUCUCAGGUCUCCUGCAGGUGUGGCACAUCCUGGGCUGCAACUCCAGCAGGGAGUAUCUGGCUGUCCAGGGGCCUGACAACUUGGCUGUGGAGGAUUUCUGGACUCUGGUAUGGGAACAGGAUGUUCACACCAUCCUAACACUUCUCCCAUGGCAGGAGAAGGGGGAGGUCCCAAGUGAGGCGUGCUGGCCCCUGGAAGGAGACUCUCUCUGCACCAAGAUGCUGACCAUCCAGUGUGGCACAGAGAAGCUUGUCUCCAGAUGGAGGUGUUUCCACCUCAAAGUGAAACAUGAGAAGAAAGCAAAGGAGAGGCAAGUACAACGGUUCCUAUACACACUCUGGAGCAGCAAGAAGCAGCCAGAUGUCCAGAGCCUGGUGGAGCUCCUCGCUGCAAUCAGACGCUGUAUGCCCCACCGGAAGAGAGCUGGUCCUCUCCUGCUGCACUGCAGUGGCAGCGUGAGCCAAAUGGGAACACUGAUCUCCCUGGACUGCCUGUUGCACCAGAUGAAAGCUGAGAGAAUGGUGGAUGUGUAUGGGGUGACCCUCCAGCUGGCAAGAAGCUGCUGUCUCAUGACCCCAACUCUGGACGAGUACAUGUUCCUGUAUACCUGCAUCCAGGACAUCAUCUCACAGAAACAGCCCUAACUCUGCUCUGCACUUCCUGGCACAAUCCUGCCCUCCACCUCUGCAGGGACUUGUCUGGAGCCAACUGGGAUGAAAGCUCCAUGGGGCUCCUGGCACAGUGUGAGCCCCACAGCGAGAGGGGCCCCAUCCCAUCACUGCCACCAACGCAUCCUCCGUGGUGUUAGCAGUGACACAGGGUCUUUUGAGCAGAUGGAAAGAUGUCCUACCAGAAACUGCUGCAGCCUCAGUGCAGACACAGCAAAGGGCUGGGUGGGAUGCUCCCCUGCUUUGGCCAUCCUGGGAUUCCUGGUGCCUAGAGUGUUUGUUACCCCCACAGCAGUUCACAGCAGCAGCUAGGGGUGCAUGUGGUGCCCUUAUCCCUCAGCACAGAAGGGGCAGCCUUGGCCUCACUCCUGGGCUGCCCUGGCACCCACAGGCUGCUGAGGUCCAACACAAGCGCUGGGCACCGUGAUCUCUGUUCAACCAUGGGCACAAAGGGUGCUGAGGUCUCGGACACCUCUGUGGGUAGAGCAUGGUGGGAGCUGGUUGUCUCGGCUGAUGGGUUGGUCAUAGGUACAAACAAUAAACAGUCCUAGGAAACAAUGUGCUCCAAAGGGUGGGUUGGCUUCUGUGGGGUCUCAGUGGUGCCAAGACCUUCCCCUGCUGCGGCACAGCAGCUCUUCCUGAAAGAUCUGCUGUGUCCCUGGCCACGGGCAGUAAGACAGGAUACCUUUGGCCAGUCCAGAUACCGCAGCCUGAUGCACGCAGCAGCUUCCGCUCACUCAUCUGCUCCUGUCAGUGAGGCAACACUUCUACAGUAAGCCUCCAAUCUGCUCACAGCUUUAUGAGGAAGACACAUCUUCUGGUGAAGCCUGAGCUUGAAGUUCCAAAACUGCUGGCUUCUGAGAGCCAAGGACCAGGGCAAAGUCACCUGGUCCAGCUGACAUGCAAG